GCGAUACAAUUACUGGCCAUCCGCGAGGCUCAUCGGCUGUUGCAUUCAAUCGUAGACUCUUCUGGUUCCAGCGAUACUGAGUGCUCCAGUUCCACUUCCCUGGCUACCCUGAUGGGAUUCUGCGCACGGUUUCCCAAAUCAACUGUGUUAAGUUCAUCUCUGACCGCACUGCGUGAUGUCCUCGAACGAGCCAUCGAUCGUUUGAGUAACAGCACGGGCGCUUCCGCUUCUGCGCUUCAUGAUGCUUCUUUGGAAGCGUACAACAAAGUGCCUGAUGUCUCCUCUCUGUUGUGUCAACUUGAAGAAGAUGCCAAACCGUGGCUGCUUGAUUCUAUUAGAUCGGUACUGCGAGACUCUCCCAGCAUCGGUAGCGUCCAUGCCGUCGCUCAUCUCAUACAAGCUUUGACGCGAUCCAGCCGGGGCGCUGAUCAGGAGCAUCUUUCCUCCUUGCUACAGGAUUGUUGCCUUCGUUGUUGCCCCCGAUUGCUUCAGCACAUUCUUGAACCUCGCCAGUUCUCAACCCCUGAACUAUCAGCUGAGAUGGCCAACGUAUCGAGGCUGUGCGACACCGAUGGCGAUUUUAUCUCGGACGGCGUCACAACUAAGAUUCCACUUCGAAUCGGAGAUCAGCUUCUCUUUCGACGGAUGCAACAAGCCAUCACUGAACCCGCCCAUGUCUUGGAGCAGCUUGCAGAUCCCACCCUGUGCAAAUCGGUGCAAUCAUACCUUAUCGGUCUAGGGACUGCCUUCCUCCAUCGUCUGUCCUCAAAGCCACAAAUGCCUAUGACGAGUCUAACCUCCUCCUCCUCUCCUGAUACAGAUAUUAUGGCUUCGCAGUUCCUUCAUCUCUUGAUUGAGAUCAUCCUCAACUCCUUGGGCCGCGUCCCGAGGGAUAUCUCAGUCUAUCGGGAUCCCCGUGCUCAACAUCACACAUUUCGGCGCCAUGCGUGUUCCGUUGGUCUGUUGCACCUUACUCUAUGUCUUAUGGACUACCGGUUACACCGUCUGUCGAUGCAAUUAUGCGAAAAUGCCACCAGUUUCUUGGAGAGUGAAGAGGAGCAGGAGGUCAACUUUUAUUUAGGCUUUUUGGCCGCAAUUGACCACUUUGGUGCUGCUUCUGAGCCGCUGACUUAUUGGAAUCUGGAUCACCAUUGGCCAGCCCCCGCGCAGUCUGUUUCCCAAGGUCUUGCUAUUACUAAUCUUCUUGUUCCGAAACAUCCAACUCUCUUUGGUUCGUGGUACCCGAGCCCAAUUUGCGCUACUGCUGUGGCCCAUUUCACCGACACAUCCGCUUCUUCGUUGUCCGCUUCGAUGGUUUUCACCGGUGCAUCGGAAUGUACUGAAACCAACAGUGAGCCAUUGUCCCGUCGGGUACUAGCGGCUCGCCUCGCACCGUGUCAGGUGCUGGCCAAGUGCCGUUUACUGCGGUCCGGCUUGUCCGUAGCACGCAAUUCACUGCUGGGUAGCAAGUUAAGCGUGUGUCUAUUCGGUUGCAUUCGCUUACUUAAAAGGACUGCCUCAAUCCAUCCAACCUCCGAGUCCCCAUGGGAAUCCGCGACGGACUCCCUUCUGAACUUGGAUCCUCAUGAGUUAGCCGCAACCAUCAGCCACAUGAACGCUUUUGGAUGGACUGAUCGCAAACAGUUCGAGAGGUCUUGGAUGUCCUACUUGGAAUUAUUGGUUGGUUCCAGCCAAAUGACGGACGGGCAUUCUGCAGAGUCGCCAACACACUUAAGUACCCUGGACGGGGUCAAUGUGGAGCUCAUCGAACGCAACCAGUGUGUGCAGACUGGUCUGGCCGGAAUGACACGCUUACUUUUGGACGCGGCUCUCCGACCUGAACCUGGAGAUCCACUACACUCGGAACUGCGUCACCAACCCCGCUGUGGAACUCCACACUUUUCACACACCAAACUAGGUCGCAAAUUAGCCUCUAUUGUGUCCAAAAUCGAGGGCCAACACAUGCGCUUGGUCCACUUGCGACACCAUUAUCUUGGCAAAUCCUUCGAUUCCUAUUCCCAAUCGGGUGAACUUGAUCCUGUCAGCGGUGCCACCAUGGAACUCUCCCCUGACCUUAUCGAACCGAAUUUGGAGCGGCUAGCAGAUGUUCCUGGGAGUCCCGGGCCCAGUCUAUUUGCCAUCUAUUGGAUCGUGAGAAGACUGAUGCCUUCCACGGACAGUAGCGGAAUCUCAACGGAUGAUUCAGUAGGGGACGUCGGAGCUCCGACACCUCAACUUCGAAAAGACGGUAACACCGGCCGGCUCACCAGGAAAUACGAAGAUUUACUAUUCUCUUGCCUUCAGUCCAUCCAGCUUCUUUGUCAGUCAUGGGCUGGUCAACCUUCCCUAGGAGCUUUUGUCCCCACCGCCAAAAUGUCUCCGAAGCCAGUCACUACAAUGGCGAUCGGCGUCACGGAUUCGACCACCACGAGCACAUCGGAUUCCUUCUCCUUAACCAAUCCUAGUCGAAUUGGUGUGGCAGUUCCUCAGCCAAAAGGUCUUGUGUUGGCCGUCUCCACUGCGGUAGUGCGUUCGCUUGUCAUACUGUCCGAUCUGUUCACUACUCGUGAACAGUUUGAGUGGCUCAAGCUGUACCUGAAAGAAGUUCUACAGCGGUUACCGUCCCCGGCCGAAUUCCCAGCCCCCAUUCACACAUGGCUGACGCUAGGACUGGCCAAAUGCACGGCGGUGCUUGAGUUAGUCCAAGAUUGCCCGAACGCCGAUGUUCUGCAUUCUUCGUCUCUUGAACCGGCGGUUCGUCAAACUAUCCAUGCACUCCAGUCCACCGUAAUCCCCAUCCAGGAUGCCGGUUUGCAAGCAUCCAUGUGGUUACUGCAUUCAGCCAUCCUUAUACGCACACAGCCCCAUCAGAGCCACCUGCAACAACACAGUCCUCCCACGGGUUCCUCUGUCCUGAACGAAUUGUACACGCAGGUUUGUGUAUUCGUCGAAAGGAAGCUGGCUACUAUUUUCGGACCACUGCCACCUGUUCGUGCUUCAUCUGAAGCGAUCCGUAGUGGCACACUGCCUCCACGAAGAAGACCUGUCGGUGGCGGUAGUAUGCGAUGGAACCAAGCAGCGGCUUUGGGAACAACCGGGUUGAAGAAAUUGAUGGCUGGGGCCUUUGGCUCCUCAAUCAGUGCCAAAGGAGGAGGAGGCGGUGCCCACACUCUUUACGAUGGCACUGAAUCGAACGUUUCCCCACCUAGUCCGGUCGAUCGAACUGAGCGGCAUCAACUCACGGUUUUGGCGACCGCCUUCUUUCUCACUGAACACUUCUCAGCACCGCCUGUCUAUCCCGUUUUGAUGGACUUUGGCUCCGGUCUGACUGAGAUGUUGUCCGGUCUCACUUGCAGCUUGUUUAAACUCAGUGCGGAUAUGCUGUCGGAUGCCACUCCGCCUGCCGCAAAGGAUCGCCCGCCUCUCCCAUGCAACCGCUACGCUCUCUUGGAUUCGGGGACCACGAGGAGUCUGUGUUGCCCCUUGUCUGUUCACACUGCCUGGUGCCGAGGCGUCGGACGGUUGGUGCUGCUAGGCCGGUUGGGCAAAGGUGCCACUGAGAGUCUGAUGAAGAUGUGCAUUGCUCGCGUGCGCACGUGCCGUUCCCCCCUGAUUAGUUUUCCUGUGUUACGUCUCCUGAUCACUUGCGUGUACGCCAGUACGGGACGCCUGACAGCGCAGCUGCAGAAUUACUCCCAUGGAUCAGGGCCUUCGUCUGAACCGCGGACGCACAACACUGCUUCGGGACAGGGCGAUGCCACUUCCGUCAUCGACGAAGCGAGAGCUCUGCAACCCGGCGACUCACGUGCUCUACCGCUGUCAGUGCUUGAAGAGUUCGAAUCCACCAUCGCUGUGACGCAAGAAUUCCUCGGAUGCUUGUGGGAGCGCUUGAGAGGUGGUGUUGCGCCGCUUCAGUCCGUGCCGGCUAUCGCCGGCCCGUUGUGGAUCUCCAACGCUUGGACUUGUAUCGCGGAAGCCGUGGUCAUCGCUGACCUGUUGCCAGUCACCAGUAUGGAGAUUGUGCAUACUCUCAAGGUCACAUUGGCUCUGCCCAUGGGCCAAGCGUUCGACGCGAAUAUUGCCGAUCCAGUGUUGAACAAAGCGUUGGGGGAGUUUGCUCGGCUGGACCACACACAUCCCCAUCUGGCCGCACAAACUCUGAUCCAACUGUUCGCCUUAUUCCUGGCCACCGAAGGAGGCCGGUCUGUGAUCCGCAAAUGGAUCCUCCUCUCCUUGCCCACGCUGCUCGACCGGCAGCCAGCGCGACUGGCCAUCUGGGCCACCUCCGUGUGCUUGCUGGCGGCCACAACUGAUCCGACUUUACGUCUAGCCACCAUACUAUGUGCCGAUCCAGCAAUGUUUCGUCCGUGUGAGACAGAAGCGGACCGACCCGUAUCCAAUCAAAGUCGCGCAUCUAACAUUCUCAGUGAUUUGCUCUGCUUAUCCGCGGUGCAUUUCAUUCGCUUUGGUUUACUGUGCAAUACUUCCACGGGCGACGAAGUCCAAACGAAGCGCCGCGCUGAACAGCAGGCCGCAUUCCUGCAUGCUUUUGAGCAAAUCGCUCAGCUGGACGCCACCUCUGCUAUGCUCUCUCAUAUUCCGCACUGUCACAUGGAUCACGAUGAGCAACGAACAUUCCAGCGGGUCUAUCGUCUACUCCAUCGUGAGAUGUGUGCAACGCACGAUGCCAAGACCUCCAACAACAUCGAUAUAGACGUACCGUCCGCCAUUUGAUAGAUAGCCUCGUAUGCAGCUGUCGCCUUAUUGGUACUGCUCACGAAACUGUAAUCGCUGCUUCUACACUUCCUGUGGUUAACCGCCGCACACACACACACACACCAACUGUUUCCCUUUGCGUACUGUGAUAUACCUCACAUUCAUAUCGUCCAAUGCCCUUGUCUCUCUCUUCUACUCUGAACAGUCCCCAUUCGUAUUUAAUCACGUGUACUGCAUUCCGACGGAUGACCUCACUACCAUUGCCUCUCCUGGAACACUUUGACCUAAACAGUGGUCACCGCGAUCAGUCCGGCCCUCUCUUGGUCUGCGAACACUUCAAGCAACAUGAUAGUACACACACACACACAGUUAACUUCGCUUCGCUUCAGUUAUCAUCCCUAUCUUCUCCACACAUUUCUUGGACUCAUCCUAAUGGGGCAUCCUCAUUCUCAUUUGUCUUUCGAACCUUGUCAUAUGGUCGAUUUGUAAUCAGUUCGCUCCAUUUGUGGCUCCUGUCAGCACGCUCUUUGCAAUACUUUCUUCUAUUCGUUGGCCUCCUCAGUCAGAGCGCUCCUCUGAACUGCAAUGUUCAUGCUCAUAUCCAACCUUACAUGGCUUUAUCUCACUCGUUUUAUACUCUGGACUGCUCAUCACAUUGACCGGUAUUCACCACGGUGUACACAAACU